CCCAAUUCCACCCGCGUCAUUCAAUGCAGAGUUGUUCGUGUACAUCGAGGACACCGAAAGCGGACACACGCUCCUCUCGAGAAUUCACCGCAUGAGGAUGCAGUAACGAGCGUCGGACUGUCAACGCUCAACGUUCGCGAGACGGUGUGACGCGGAGGGGACCGGUAGCAAUGCCAGAGCAGGGAGCGUGCUGGUGCGCCAUGUGAGAGCUUUUAGUGGCAGAGGGCGCGACUGGAGCGAUCCAGCGCGAAGUUGUUCACUUCAGGUGCUUCUGGGACCAGAUUCUUUUGCGUGAGGAGGAAGCAUUCAAGGAGCUUUCCUUCUGACGUGUCUUAUAGUCUGAAGAAGAACUUGAUCUGGUUCCAAGGAUUGUUGGCGGCCAGGUAUGGCUGCCAUGAAGCUUCCUAGUGCUGGGAAGCAGACUACAGACGAAAUCUCUCAGCAAGUACAGACGGAGGCAUGUUCAAUUUGUUUGGAUGUCGUGAUGGAAAGCGGUAGUAGAUCUACUGCCAAACUCACAUGUGGCCACAGGUUUCAUUUGGAUUGCAUCGGCUCCGCUUUUAAUGCUAAGGGAGCUAUGCAAUGCCCCAAUUGCAGAAACGUAGAGACUGGACACUGGCUUUACGCGAACGGUACUGGUUGGGGUGGAGACCUCGUGAUCGAGGAUGCUCCAUAUAUUGACUUUGAAGACGUCUACCAUACCGUAUCCGCAGCGGAUUUGUCCACUGCAGCACAGGUCCCAUCAAUUUCGACUGAUCAAAGUCAGGAAACUGAGUAUGAAGGAAGAUGGAAUCAUGUACAAUCUAUCUGGUGUCCAUAUCCGCACCAGCAUCUACAUCCUGAAUCGGCUGGGAGCAACCUUGCACAUUAUCACUUAUCUCUAAGGGGGGACAAUGAAACCACAAGUCAAUCUUCCCGAGUGGUAAUGAGCACACUGUAUCGUCAGGAGAGUGAAGUUUCCAGUGCAGUUUCUAGUGCAUCCUUUAGCACGACACCACUCUGCCCUCACCUUGUGAGCGCUAUCAACGCUGCUCUGCGUCAUCCAAGGGAGAAUUCUGAAACUCGUCCCGCAGCUCAUGGCCUUGUGAAUGCCGUCAAUACUGCUUUGGGUAAUCCGAGGCAGAUUCCCGAUGAUUUUCCAACUCGGCCUGCUGGUCAUGGGCCAAAUACACGUGAAACUUCAGCGGCGGAUAGAGCGACUGUAACAGAACGAUGGAGUUCUAGUGAAAGAGAUUCAUAUGGCUGGGGUCGUCGAAGUCACGCGUCUCAAGUUCAAGGUGGAAUGUCUUCUCUAUCUGGGUAUAGAGUUAUGCAUCAUAAUUCUAUCCCUGCCACAACUAUGACGGAAAGAGAUGUUCAUUCUGGCAGAGGAAAUGCUUCAAGCUAUGCCCCACCUCAGCAACAUUCGUCGGCGGCAGCGUUAUCGUCUUUGUUGAAUGAACGACCAGUGGGCUUCAUGCCCUACCACCUCUGGGAAGCGUAUGAAAAUUUUCGGCUUCGUUUGGGCAGAAAUCCAGACGUGACUAGAGCUUCUUCCAGUGGUACUGACGGCUACGCCACAUGGCUGAUGGCUCAUCUCGCGAAUGGCCGCGCCUCACCGUCCCAGCAGCGAUCCGGAGAUGAUACUAGUCCCCCAGCUACCUCGCAUGGAACUGAAACACCAUCCCGCAUAGUAUCACAUUCUAUGAACGUUAUACCUGAUGGCGAGAUUCUAUCUUCCACACAACAGACCUCGUCAUCAACACACCAACGAUGGAAUCUGGACGUUCCAAGGCUUGAUCGAUGCGUCAACCCUGAUUCUCAGUCUCGAAGCAGUUCUCAACCAGACUAUUACUGCGCACGACCACGAGGACCUGGUCUGUCUCAACGGGAAAUCACUAGUCCUCCCUUAUCAGCUUCUGUCAUUGCUUCCUCAUCUUCCUCAUCUUCCUCGUCUCACGCUACUUACACCAGUAGUAGUGGAGUCAGAAGAGUGAGAACUGGAUUUGUAAAUACCAGCAGACAUGUAUCGUCAGGACGAACCGUGUCCUCUUCCGGAGAACCGAGCAGGAGGAACACUAACCCGCGGUAUGCAAAUUCGGCGACGACAAAUCACGAAUCGGCGACUGCUUCAGUGAUGGAAGGGCAGUCACAACCGCGUUGGAGACGAAAUGCGAACCCAACUGCGCCUUCUAGCUCUCUCGAGAUAAUGCACGAAGUAUUGCACGCAGAAUGGCGAGCUUUGAUGAGGUCAGUGCCGAAUAACAAUGCUCAGGAUGCCGCGAGAGCUACGUAUGCACGUUCUCACAGUUUUCGACCGGUUACAGCGGAUCUUCCCACUGCCUUCAGCGAUGGACAAGGUGCAACACCUCGAGCACCUCGAAAUCCAGGCCGUGGACGAUGGGGGGUUCUUCGAAAUCCUUCUUCAUACAGCAGUUACAAUGGUGGUGAAGCUGGACCGCGGGUUUCAGGCAGGUAUCGACCCACUCGUUGAAGUCCAUGUACGGUAGAGUUCUCAGUGAUUUGGCUUCUCGAGUGUGAGAAAUUGCCGCUAGUGGAUUAAGACAUCGACUGUCAGAAGACAUUCGAGUCAGUCACAAUAUUUAAAUGGAAACACGCACCAUUCCGAAGGCUUGGCACCGAUUUUGCAGCUCCCUGUCGACCUUUGGCUCUCCAUCAACACGUCUCAGCGCUCAUUGCACGCGUUCGCUAGUUACAAAGACGGAAUUACCUUCACCUCGGUCCAGACGAAUAGCGGAGCUAGACAGCCAAUUUUCCAUAUCUAUUGUUCAUUCACUAGAUGGUCGAUACCUGGUACCUGUACAGAAUGUACGUGGUAUGGCUCAGCCUUGUCCCAGGAGCUCGAAGCAGUAUCCCCUGUCUAAACGAUCUGUGAUACGUUUGACGAAGGUGCUUUGUGACUCAAGUUCCUGAUCUUGGAGACACCUCAGACUUCGAUGCAGUUAUUUGAGUUUCAGAUGUUGGACAUGUGGACACUUCUCAUUGUAGUUCCGAUUUUUCCCAAGGUUUUGGAAAGCUGAGGAUUUCUAGGUUUCUCUAGAAUGUUGAGAUGGACGUCAGUCAUGUUGAAGGCUAGUUUGUAGUCUUACGUAACUAUCUAGCUGUAUCGCAACGACGCUUCUGAUGUUUCAAUGUAUAUAUUCCAUGUGGUGAGGCAUUCAA